AGGGACGCGAAGAGCAUCAUUUUAUUUCUGUGGAAGAAGAGUGUUACACGAGCCCGCAUUUAUCUUCUUGAUCUUGAUUCCACGACGGGGUCGUCGAACCGCCGUAAGGCAAGAGAAUGACCGUCAUCGAGUAGUAUUGAAUCAAGACUCUUGCAACUCUUAGAUUUGAAAUGAAUUAUUGAUUUGCUUGAUCUAGCGAGUUUUGAGUAACGUCCCCAAAAGAAUUUUAUAAGAGAUAUUCUGAUUGUUUACUGUCGUUGAAAAAAAUCGAAAUCUUAACGCACUGUUCGUGGUACUCAAAAAACUUUAUCGUAACGUGCUUGUCUUUUCCUCUAUCAGUAUCAUCGUCUUUUCCCUCUAUUUUUAUAACAUAAGAAAAUGACCUCCCACCUAGACCGCACAGUCAUUCUCCUGCUUCUUGCUGGAGUUGGGGACGGCCCUGUACAUGCGGCCGCCUCGUCUUCUUUUCUUCCCAGACCCCAGAAUGUUGAAGCACAAGCUCUGUUCAGUUACACAAUAAUACCACCUCCCCUAGCGCUGGGUCAGUGGGUUGUGAUUGAUGGCUUCAAAGGGAAGCGAAGAGAAGGAGUUCUUAGAUGAGGCCUUGGGACUGGUUGUGGACAAAGCCGCCUAGAGGAGUUGAUCCUUCUGGGAAUGAAGCUGUAGGUGCCAUUAAAGACGAGUAUUACGUGCCUGCCAUUCGCUACCCAGCUGACGAGGAGAAACCGUAAGAACGGAGAUGACCUACAAGAUGAGCCAACAAAAUAUGGAACUACCCGUACCACACAAGGAACAAAUUGAAAUUCCAGCAUCUACUAUUUUAUCUGCCAGCGAGACGGCAAGAAUUGCGGCAUCAGCGUACGGCGCAACGUUUGAUGCGGAGCAACAUACUUCGCAAAACAUUUUCUGGAGAAGUUGAAGAAAUUCGACUAUUCUCUACUAGCUACUCUGGCUGACAGUGCCGGUGAUGCUGCUGUUGAGCCUGAGUCAACUUUUACUGCUGAUGGGGAUGGUGCUGUUGAACCUGAGUCUACUUUUACCGUGAUGGGGAUGAUCCUGACAUCCGGUUGAAUCUGAUCAGUGCGCAAUCUUCGAAACUGGAGUAUCGAUUUCGCCAGAAUAUCAAUUCGAUUCUCCCACCGAGCUCGGGCAAGCAUCCGGUUCUGAAGAAGCUGCUCGUUACGGGCUCGCGACUGUGGGUGUUGUAUAAGCAUCCAGAAUGGCCAGCAUCGACGCACGCGUCCUCCAUCUUCGGUGACGCGCGAGACUGAAUUGCGAUGUUACGUACGCCUGCCACCAGAGAAUUUCGUUCGAAUUUUCGAUGCGUCAGAUCUCACUUUGGCCCGGACAAUACCGGUUUUGGAGGCCUGGCAUAAGUUUCAGUUACCGGUCGUGAACAGUGACACACACACGCUUCUUGCUCCUAAGGAGGAUACACGCCCGGUCUAGGCAGAACCAGAGGAUGUAGAGAAUGUUCCCGAGGAAUAUGUGCGCUUCAUCGUGGCUGACUUAGUGGGCAAGAACAAGGUUAGGCUGGUGGAGUAUCAUCCCGAAGGUGACUUGUGGAAAGUCGAGUUGAAUGUUGUAUGAGGGCAUUCAGAAGCAGACUGUCCUGCCGAAGACUACGUUGGAGCUGACCGUCGUCAGCCUGCAAUGUCAGACAUGGCGUCGUCCGCCAGUGGCCUAAGCGCCUCCCACUUCAGUCCCACUUCAGGCUCGGAGGACGCUGGGUGGUCGUCCGCCACAGGUCCCAGCGGGACCAGCAGACGAAUUCUAGAAGAAGUCCCAGCGGUACACCAGACUUCCUUCUAGAUAGGAAAGCCGAAGUCCGCUAGAUUGGGUGGAACAAGGGCGGAUUGUUUGCGCUCGAAAAUAUUCACGAAGGGGACACUGUUUUCACCGAAAUGUCGACUCUUUCCGCCAAAGUGGAGGAGACAACUCCUGCAGAAUAUCGCUCAACUGGUCAUUUCUAUGUAGUUGGUAUACCUGCAAUUAAGGAAGUUGUCAGGUGUACUUCAUGGUAGGAUGCUGUGGUCUCUUUCUUUUCCAUUGACAUGUUGCCGAUUCUGCGUUCCGUGUGAAUGUUAAAGCUAAUGCACGAGAGCGAAAAGGCCUUGAAGCUUUCUGGCUACGGCGCAGCUUGCUACCCACCUUACGUACGUCGAGCGUUUCGCGAGGGGAGUGGUCGGAUCCCCGCGGGAACUGAUUCUGGUCGAGAACGCUCUAGUGAGCAUGGUGAAUUAUGCCCGUACUGAAAAAGGUGAGCUCGUCAAUGGAAAACUUCCCAGUCAGGAGAGGAGGCUGGUCAUAAGCUGAUUGUAAGAGCUACGUAUGAUGUCGAAAGAGGGCAAGAAAUUCGUGUCUCCUCUGGUGGCUUGGAUGAAAGGAGUGAUGGAUGUUAGAAUAGACACGCUUUCCAAGAUGCCUUCUUGAACUUCACGUGAGGAGGAAAGAGAAUCAAGGCUGAAAUAUGACCCCGAAAGAAAAUUAGUCGACAGUACCAUUCGGUCUACUCUCUGAUGCACAGUAAAACUAAGUCUAAUACAAUCCCUCAGCAAAGGUGAAGCUAACUCUCAUCGUCAUCUUCAGAAUACAGCUAUUAGUUGCUGAAUCAAAAUAUGUAGAAGCCAGUGCGUGAGAAGCACAUACUAGAAUGAGAAAGUGUUUCAUAUAUAUAAUUCAACAGGGAAUGAUCAAAAGGAGAAGAUGUGUGACCUAAUCUUUUAGCAUUAAGUUGGAAUCUGAAUAAAGUAUACCUAGCUUUGAGUUGCUACGUGGCUUGAAUGGAUGAGUGAGAAUGAUUAGAGCCUGCCACUAUGACUAUCGUCACAAAGAGCGGAGAUCUGAAAAAUUGAGAAGCUAUCCACAGAAUGGAAAAACCGGAUGUACAGCAUGAUCCAUGAAACUGUAUUGAGAAUGGAAAAUCGUGUGAAGCAUAAACGCCUGCAAUAGGAGAUGAUAGCUCGGUAUCCUUAAGGUGGGCACCACAUCAUCGCAAGGGGUAGAUGCAUAUUGUGGCAGGGAUCCUCCAGGUUUCGGAUGCCUUCAACAUAUGUUUUUCUUGUAGCUUGAAGAUCCUUUCCAUUUUGCGAAUAAUGUCCUAUUACAUCACCGAAAGUGCUAGUCGACGUCAAGAAUCUUAGAAGUAUGACAAAAGAACAAUCCGGUAAAGUUUACUGACGCGAAGGACCAUCCUGGAUCUACUGGAUCAUCCUGGAAAAUCUCGUGUAGUCUAAAUUUUCGAAGAUUCUAAGAGAAGAUCCCUCUUUGACAACAGUUCUCAUGUGAAGCAGCCUGAUGUCCCAGCGAUCCUGAAACCCAAAUAGGUGCCGCUGUCAAUGAAUCGAUCCUGGCUAUCUUAGUGGAUGAUCCAUAACGAUACUGAGAUCUGAUUGACACUGCCAGUAUGGCAUGACGGACAAGGAACAACAGUUUAUGAGUUCAAUCCCAAUCGCAAUCCGCACUACUGAAUAAAAAUGUUCCGUGAUUAUCUUCAUAGUUCACUAGUGGCCACUUCCUCAAGCUCGUCUUCUAUCGACCACACGGCACUUGCUCAUGGUCCUACUUUCGUUCCUCGUCUAUCAUCAAAAUAUCUACUGCUCAUCAUCGCCUUACUUUCAAACAAAAACAGGGAAAACUGGGUUUUAAAGUGUUUUACUCGGCACUAACGCAUCCCAAAAAAUGUCUCAUCGUAAGUUUCAGUGCCCGCGUCACGGAAACCUCGGCUUCCUGCCGAAGAAGCGUACCAAGCACCACAACGGAAAGAUCAAGUCUUUCCCGAAGGAUGACGCCUCCAAGCCCUGCCACUUGACCGCCUUUAUGGCUUUCAAGGUACAGAGUUUUCUUUCGUUUUGAUUGGUUUGGUCCUUUGCCUUAGGAUUUCACGUUUAGUAACUACCGCGAGGAAUAUAGCCGUUGUUUAGCUCGUGCCUGAUGAGCUCGAUUGAUCUCAAAAGCAUUGGAAAAUCUAAAAAGCGUGUGGUAGAUGUCAUAAAACUGUUAGUGGUGUUGCAGCUGUAAAGCAGGAUUUGCAUCUAGCGAGUCGGAUUCUAAAUAAACCUAGAACACCCAUUUCUCAUCUCAACAGGCUGGUAUGACCCACAUUGUUCGCAACGUUGCUCGUCCGGGAAGCAAGGUCGACAAGAAGGACGUCGUCGAGCCGGUGACGAUCUUGGAGGCUCCGCCAAUGCGUGCCGUCGGUUUCGUCGGAUACGUGGACACCCCGCGUGGUCUCCGUGCGUUGACCACUGUCUUCGCCGGGCACUUGGAGGACAGCCUGAAGCGUCGCUUCUACAAGAACUGGUACAAGUCGAAGAACAAGAAGGCUUUCCACAGCUACGCCAAAAAGUACCAGGCCAACGAGAUGGACGCCCAGGUCGAGCGCGCCAAGAAGUACUGCACCGUCAUCCGCUUGCUCGCUCACACCCAGGUCGAACUCGCCAAGAUCGGCCAGAAGAAGGCUCACUUGAAGGAGAUCCAGAUCAACGGUGGAAAGGACUCCGCUGAAAAGGUCGACUUCUGCGUCAACCUCUUCGAGAAGGACUUGAAGGUGAACACGGUCUUCCAGCAGAACGAGAUGAUCGACAUCAUCGGUGUCACCAAGGGUCGCGGAACCGACGGCGUCGUCACCCGUUGGGGCGUCACCCGCUUGCCGCGUAAGACCCAUCGUGGUCUCCGCAAGGUCGCCUGUAUCGGUGCCUGGCAUCCGGCUCGUGUCCAGUUCCAGGUCCCGCGUGCGGGUCAGAACGGAUACCACCACCGUACCGAAAUCAACAAGAAGAUCUACCGCAUCGGAACCAAGGUACAAAAACUUUUUUCUUAUAGCUAUCUACUACUUCUCGAGAAGACUACGCAUAGAUAAAAAACUGACGAUGCCACUGACACUCUAAAGACAUUUGAGACUCGUGUGCUGAGCCGUAUAUGCAUGAUGAGCAAACAGAAUACUUGCUACUUCUGACACCCUCGGGUGCAUGAGAUCACAUUCUAACCACCAAGAUCGCUGAUUGUUACGGCUCACAUGCAUCUCUCUUGUUUCGUCUAUCUUCUUUUUACCUUCAUCACGUGCAUCCAAACUUAACAACUCACAGGGCGAAGCCAACGACGCUUCCACUGAGCAGGAUUUGACUCAGAAGAGCAUCACCCCGAUGGGAGGCUUCCCGCACUACGGUGUCAUCAACGAGGACUGGUUGAUGAUCAAGGGAUCCGUCAUGGGAACCAAAAAGCGUUGCGUCACUCUCCGUCAAUCCUUGUUGCCGCAGACCAAGCGUUCCGCUUUGGAAGAGAUCAAGCUCAAGUUCAUCGAUACCUCCUCCAAGAUCGGACACGGACGCUUCCAGACCUGCGAAGAGAAGGCCAAGUUCUUCAACCGCAUCAAGAAGUAAAUUUCUUCUACUUUCUUGGAGAUGUAGUUCUAAGAAUGAGGAGGUGGAGUUUCUGGUGGAAAAGGAGGACAGAAGGAGGAAGUGGUAUGAGCAGUAGGUUGGCAACUCUUACAACAUUUCGUGGACCUGGAGGAGACUUCUUCUAGUUCACGUAAAACUCUUGUACAAGUUCCUCUCACCAUCUGCGGAUACUACGACUAACUUCUAUCGUCCAAGCGAAAAGCGGGGGCGGCGAAAAUACAAGGAGAAGUAUUCGAGGAGCGUGCACCUGAAACAACACGGGGAUAAUAAGAGCUGAACUAGUGAGGAGGACUGGACUCAGCUCGAGGGAUCCCGUGCCAGUGUGAGCAUCACGGGGUUAGUAGAGGACUCGAACGCUCCCUCUGAUGUGUUGGAGCACGAGGAUUCCUACAUAUGCGAAUAACCGAGUAUUUACAACAUCACCAUGAUAUGAAAUGGACAACAACACUUCUACAAGAAUGCUUUGACAUGUGGAAGAACAUAACGAUGCAGUGAGAAGGUUGGAGCCUUUCAUGAUUGGUCAAAAGAAGAAGAGGGCGUAUCUGCGCUCCGAGACGUGGGUGCGUCUCUUGAUGGUGGUGUAUUC